AUAUUUCUGGGUUCAUAUAUAAAAAUAUAUAGAUCUGUGCUUUGUUUUUAUAGAUUUAAAUAUUACAAUAAUAUUCGUUUACGUGUAGGAAAGGCAACAGCUCGAAUCUCAUUCAGGGUUUGUUUCUGUGACGUUCUGUAGAGACAAGAAGAGGCACUUUUGCUAGCAUCAAUUCUGGCAGACAUCCGGUUUAUUUAUUUUAAAUUACUUUUUUUUUUUAAAGAAAUAAACGUCGGUUUUAAGAAGAUAAAUUGAGUUGGGGGUGGGGGUUGGGGGGAGGGUUGUGUUUCGUAACGCGUGUCAUCUUGUUGUUGUUGUUUUAAACACAACAAAUAUACACCCUGUGCACGUCAGCGACCUGUUUUGUAAGAUUUUAUUGGAUACGGUUUCAAGCGAAGCUCGCAUGAAGAUGAUGACCGGAGGAGCAGUGCACCAAAACGGGAUAUUUUCCAAUGCUCACCAUCACAGCCAGCAACCUCACAUGGAGUCUGAUCCUCCGGACUCUCGCAAGAGGCCGCUGGAGACCCCGACUGAAGCGAGCAGCACCAAACGGACUAACACCGGAGCCCCAUCUGUUCUCUUCGAGACCCCCUUUGUGAAAGUCGCUCCGUCCUCAGGAGAAGAGGAGGGUGAAUACUUCCUGAAAGUGCUGAUCCCAAGCUACGCGGCCGGGUCCAUUAUCGGCAAGGGGGGGCAGACCAUCGUCCAGCUGCAGAAGGAGACAGGAGCCACCAUCAAGCUCUCCAAAUCCAAAGACUUCUACCCAGGCACGACGGAGCGAGUCUGUCUCAUUCAAGGCACGGUGGAGGCUCUCAAUGGCGUCCACAACUUCAUCGCAGAGAAGGUGCGCGAAAUGCCUCAGAGCGCCCAGAAGAGUGAGCCGGUCAGCAUCCUGCAGCCACAGACCACCGUGAACCCUGACCGCAUCAAACAGGCGAAGCUGAUUGUCCCCAACAGCACGGCAGGCCUGAUCAUCGGGAAGGGCGGCGCCACCGUCAAGGCCAUCAUGGAGCAGUCCGGCGCCUGGGUGCAGCUUUCCCAGAAGCCCGAGGGCAUCAACCUUCAGGAGCGCGUGGUGACCAUCAGCGGCGAGCCUGAGCAGAACCGCAAGGCCGUGGAGAUCAUCGUCCAGAAGAUCCAGGAGGACCCGCAGAGCAGCAGCUGCCUGAACAUCAGCUACUCCAACAUCUCCGGCCCGGUGGCCAACUCCAACCCAACGGGCUCCCCGUACGCCAACUCCACCGAGGUCCUUCCCUCCGCGGCGGCCGCGGCGGCAGCUACGGCCUCCAGCCUCCUGGGGCAGGCCAGCCUGGCGGGAGUGGGCACUUUCCCUACAACCAUGUCCAGCUUCUCCGGGAACGAUCUCCUGACCAUCAGUUCGGCCCUCAACACCCUGGCCAGCUACGGCUACAAUACCAACUCCCUGGGGCUGGGGCUGAACCCGGCGGCCGCUUCCGGGGUCCUGGCGGCAGUGGCGGCGAGCGCCAACCCUGCAGCGGCGGCCGCUGCCAACCUCCUGGCUUCCUACGCCAGCGACGCUUCAACCAGCAUCGGCCACCACGCCGGCCACUUAGGAGGCUUCACCCUGGGGUCCCUGGCUGCCGCGACAGGAGCUACCAACGGUUACCUGAGCGCCGCCUCUCCCCUGAUGGCGAGCUCCUUCCUGGCGACAGAGAAGCUGGCAGAAGGAGCCAAAGACGUGGUGGAGAUUGCCGUGCCGGAAAACCUAGUGGGAGCCAUCCUCGGGAAAGGAGGGAAGACGCUAGUGGAGUAUCAGGAGCUGACGGGAGCACGCAUCCAGAUCUCCAAAAAAGGGGAGUUUAUCCCCGGCACCAGGAACCGUAAAGUCACCAUCACCGGUUCUCCGGCCGCCACCCAAGCCGCGCAAUAUCUCAUCAGCCAGCGGAUCACUUACGAGCAGGGCGUGCGCGCCACCAACCCCCAGAAAGUGGGCUAGAGCCAAAACAAGGUGGGGGAGGGGGGGAUUCCUCAAAUCGAAAUCGGCAUCUUCCAACAUUGAGUUGGUUUCGCGUUUCAGUAUUCAAGGAGAUAAAACACGACUACGAAGGCAAAAGCAAGCGGAACAAAUGUGUGAUAUGUAAAUAUGGGUUUGUUACUUUUGUUAGUUUUUUUUGUGGAAAUCCUGGAAUUUGACGGGAUUUUAUUUCGUUUUUUUUUGGUCUUGAACGGCAUUGUAAACCUGCAUGCCGCCUUCUUCGGCCCCGCUGGGUUUUUCUUCCACCCCCGAGAAAUUACCCACGUUUCCUUAUUGCUGUGGCUUGCGUUUUUUGGCUCCAG